AUGUCGCCGAAACGUCCACUCCUCAUCGACACACGGCCCCUGGCGCUCCAUCAAUCCUUCCAUCUGCGCCAUAGUAUCAACAUCGCCAUUCCAUCUCUCAUUCUCAAGCGGUGUAGACGGCCAGGUGGCGGUCUACAGUCAUUGGACGCUCUCCGGCAGUUUGUGACGACGGAACGGGGCAAGCAGCAGUGGGACGUGCUAAUGCAGCCAGGUGGAGCGUGGGACGGAGAUGUGGUGGUGUACGACGACGAAAUGAACCCCAGGGACCAGGACAACCUCGGUAUCACUGCGUGGGCCAUCAUCCCGGUAAUUGCACCCCUUCUCAGCUACGGCAGCGUUGAUUAUCUGGAAGGCGGGAUAUCAAGCGGGGGCCACCAUCCCGAGCUUGAAACGCUGAUAGUGACGGGGGAGGAAGCAGAAGCCGAGCCGCCUGCGGAAGCUGCCCCACCGCCCCAGAGGCCCAAUAACGGCGGGAUGCGCAAAGGUUCUGGCCUGUUUCAGCUAGAUACCCAGUCAGCAUUACGGUCAAAAAAGCUACCCGAGCUCGAACCAUCCUCUUCCACGGCCUCCAACCCACCCUCACCUAUUCCUCUUCCUCGCUCGCCCAUGCCACUCAUGCCAGCCGUUACGUCGUCCUCUUCCUCGCGCCCAAAGGCUUCUGCUGAUCAGCUGAAUGUCGAGGACGCCUCACCAUCGCCCCCGCCGUCGUCAAUAGCGUUUAAACGACCGGCACCGCCUCGAAGACCCAGUGUACCUAAUCUACGUCGUCUGGACACCAGGUCGACCGAGCGACUGAAUAACGUCCCCAAGUUGUCUGUGCGUACAAAACCCAUACGUUCGGCAACGCUCGCAGUUCCUCCCUCCCUCACUCUCUCAAUACAACCGCCCCAAUCGCCAUCACACUUGCAACUCAUCUACUCGAAUCAUUCUUCGCCUCCAGGAUCGGCAAGGCUACAGCCAACGUCACCCUCGUAUGACCCAUCCAAUUACCUCACUCCGUACUACACUCCACCUCAUACGCCGGGCACUCCCAAGCCCAUGAUGCCACCGUCACCAGUGACUGCUCGCCCUGAUCUCGACCCACCGACGACAGAGGAUGCCUUCCCUGUCUUCACGAUUUCGACGAUCCUGCCGGGUUUCCUCUUCCUAGGACCCGAGCUGACGGCGCAGGAACAUGUGGAUGAGCUUGUCGAGCUCGGUGUGAAGCGGAUACUGAACAUCGCGGCAGAGUGCGACGAUGACAGCGGCCUGAAGCUGCGUGAGGUCUUUGAGAAGUACCACAAGAUCCCGAUGCGGGAUACAGUUGAGGAGGACAACAUCACAAGAGGUGUCCGGGAGGUGUGCGAGAUUCUUGAUGACGCUCGUCUCCAUUCCGCCCCAACUUACGUGCACUGCAAAGCGGGAAAGUCGCGAUCUGUAACAGCAGUCAUGGCUUAUCUUAUCCACGCCAAUCACUGGACACUAUCACAAGCCUACUCCUUCGUCCUGGAGCGGCGGAAGGGCAUCUCGCCGAAUAUCGGCUUCGUCUCUGAACUCAUGAACUUUGAAGAGCAAGAGCUGGGAGGAAAGUCCGUCGGGGUGCAGGCCCACCCCCAUCCAUCCACUACCACCAACAGUGUGCCCUCGGGUUCGUUGGGCAGCGACGCCUCUAUGAAAGGCAGUCAAGAUUCGGCAGCUUUCUCCCUUGCUUCGGGGUCCGGUAUGCGAAGGAAUGCCCACAUCCGCGAGAGCUUGCCACCUCAGUUGGGCAUUGAUGGCAUCGGCCCGAGUCUGGGUGGCCCGAUGUCUGCUGGAGGAUUGUUAGAUCGGGUCAUAGGCGACUCUGGGCAGGAGAUGGAGGUCAAGGACGCGAGUGGGCGUUAUAGGCAUGCGCGGAGAGCGCCUGUCGAUGAGAACACGCUCCAGCCUAUGCGGAGAGUAAGUAAGGCCGGGUUGGAGAGUUCUUCGUAUUCGCAGUAG